AUGGCCGCCCAUUCCGAGAUUCUUUUAUCCAAGUGUGCUCAGUUUCGACAGGAAGGUCAGUUCAUCGACGUCCGUUUAAAAGUACGUGAAGACAUCUUUCCAGCUCAUCGCAUUGUACUCGCUGCGAAUAGCGAUUAUUUCCACGCCAUGUUUACCGAUGGAAUGAAGGAGUCCAACCAGGAACUGAUCGAACUCAAAGAUGAAAGCAUUUCACCAGAUGCUUUAAAGAUUAUGAUGAACUCCAUCUACACUGGAGAUCUUCGCGUCAACGAGGAAAACGUGUUUGAAGUUCUUGUUGCCAUUCUCCCUCAGAAGCUGCAGACGCACUACUUUGAUGUUGAAACCAAAAAUUGGAAACCUUUGCCAUCCAUGGCAAAAGUUUUUGAAGGAACUCAAGCAUGCCGUAGUGCAGUUCAUGUUGGCAACUGCUUGUAUGUAGUUGCAGAGAACAAAAGCUGUCAAUACGUUAUCUAUCGUUAUGACUUAGUUAAUAACUUAUGGGAAACACUGCCACCUUUUUUGGGUUCCAAACAUCAGAUCAACUGCCUUUGUGCUGUUGAUGAAUGUAUCUAUGCAUUCGGUGACUCCACUUUGCCUCACAGAUAUAGUUUGGCUAAUAAUAAUUGGCAAAGUGGAGCCAAGUUGAGCUUCUAUUACACAAAUGACAGCAAGAAAGAUAAGUUACAAAACGUAGCAGCAGUGGUUUUCAAAUCUAAAAUAUAUUCAAUUCAUGGAUAUACAAGAAGUGAACAUGAUAAUGGGAAUUAUAAUUAUCGAGUAGAUAUGGCAGCUGUUGUGCAUUGUUUUGACCCAGCAGAGAAUGAAUGGGAACAAAAAACGUCAACCUGGUAUCCUCAUUUUGGAUCCAGUCUUUUUGUUGUCAACAACAGACUGUGUGUAGCUGGGGGGAAAAUUUCUACUCGUAAUGACAAUCCAGCCCCAGUUGAAGUUUAUAGUGAGGAAAACAAUGCUUGGUCUGUUGAGGAACAAAACCAUAUUCCCCCAAACAAUCUUGGUGCAGUGGAGAUAAAAGGGAGGGUGUAUUUCAUCGCAAACAAAUUUCCACUUGAUAGUGGGAUUAGAAUCCCACCCGAGGAGGCCUAUAACGUCUCUUUAAACGAAUGGGAAAAGGUAGCAAAAGUUAGGAGUGAUGCAGCCUUGUGUUAUCUGCCUGUAAAAAGAGAAAACUUGAGAGAAGAGCAACGUGAAAGUCAAAGUAACUAA